AUGGGAUCGUGUUCCUCAGAGAAAGGGAGCCAUGUUUUGGUGGAAAGAGACGACACUGAAACCACCCUCAUUGCCAUGGUGCUGGGUUCCAACGUGGUGUUUCCCGCAGCUCUCAACGCUGCAAUUGAGCUCAACGUGUUUGAGAUAAUUGCGAAGGAAAGUUCAGCAGAGAGUGGUGGGUUCAUGUCAUCCUCUGAAAUCGCUUCCAAGUUAUUAAUACCAACACAGCAGCAGCAACAUCACGAUGAGUUGCCGAAUAGGUUGGAGCGUUUGUUGCGAUUGCUUGCUAGCUACUCUCUUCUCAUUGUUUCCACUCGCAGCGAUGGAGAUGGUGGCAGCGUGAGAGUUUAUGGGGUGUCAGCAUCGGGUAAAUACUUCGUGCGUGAUGAAAAUGGUAGGGGUUAUCUCGCUUCUUUCACAUCGUUUCUGUGUCACCCUGCACUAUCCAGGGUGUGGGUGAACUUUAAGGAAGCGGUUAUUGAUCCUGAGAUUGACCUAUUCAAGAAGGUUCAUGGAAUGUCCAAGUUCGAAUACUUUGGGAAAAAUCCUGAAAUAAACCAAGUAUUUAACAAAGCAAUGUAUGAUAUUUGCACCACCCACAUGAAAAGAAUACUUGAAGUAUACACAGGAUACGAGGGUAUAUCAACUUUGGUUGAUGUAGGAGGUGGAACUGGACAGUGUCUCAAAAUGAUCAUUUCCAAAUACCCUUCAAUUAAUGGAAUUAAUUUUGACCUCCCACAUGUAAUUGAAAACUCACCACCCAUUCCAGGGGUUGAGCAUGUCGGGGGGAAUAUGUUUGAAGGUAUACCACAGGGUGAUGCCAUCAUGCUAAAGGCUAUAUGCCAUAAUUGGUCCGAUGAAAAAGCCAUAGAACUUUUGAGAAAUUGUCACAAAGCUUUGCCACCAAAAGGGAAGGUCAUUGUUGGGGAUUUCAUACUGCCAGAAGACCCACAACCUACAAAUGAUCAUAAAGUGAUUGCAAUUCUUGAUAACAUCAUGUUUAUUACUCCAGGUGGAACGGAAAGAACUGAGAAACAAUUUGAGAGUUUGGGCAUGCGUGCUGGAUUUUCUGGGUUUCAAGUUGUCUGUCGUGCUUUCUCUACUUUGUCAGUGAUGGAAUUUUACAAAUAA